AUGUGAAUCAUCAAUUGGACGUUGUUAUGAUAACCGUUUGUUGACACAAUCAUACCUUGAGAAAAUAUUAUUAAGAUGUGGUAAAUAUUUAAGAGAAUUGUCUCUCUCAAAUAUUUUCGAUUCGAGGAUCAUGCCAAUUGUUGGUGAUCAUUGUAAAAAUUUAACAACCUUGGAAUGCAAAUUUAAUGAUAAUUCCUUAAUUGAUAAUGCUGAUCACUUUGUUCAAGCAUUUACACAAUUGGAUAAAUUGAAAUGCAUUAAAAUGUUACUGAACUAUACGAAAAAACAUAAAACAAUUAAUCUAUUUGAAAUAAUAAAUAGUCUUCCAGAAGAAAUUAAUGAAAUUCAUAUACUUCAUAAAUAUUGGUCGCGGGAUAAACCAGAAGUUCUUUUCACUUUAAAAAGAUUUAAAAAUCUUAAGAAACUGACUUUACAAAGCUUCUGCGUAAACGAGUUAAUUCUUCAAGAAAUAGCAAAAGCAACAACACUUGUUCAUCUUGACAUUGAAAUAUAUUGUAAACACAUAGAGUUUCCUCUAUUCGAUAAACUCGUUAAUUUGGAAUAUAUACAAAUAAGUAUUGAAAGAAAAUAUAGAAAGACAAAAGACUCUACAAAAGUAGUCGACACUAUUUUUUGUAAAUGCAAAAAUCUAAAACAUCUUGAUAUUCCAAAUGACUUUUAUGAUCUUGCUGAAAUUUCUUUGGCAAAAUGGAAAAACUUAAAAAAUUUAGAAUAUCUUACUUUAUCUUGUGAUGAAGUAUUACCUGACUUAGCAGAUACAAUUGUUAAAUAUUGCAAGAAUUUGAAACACUUGUUUAUUAACCCUUUAUACCGUGAUAUAGAGGGAAAUGUUGUAAAAAAGUUAACAAAAUUGGAAAAUCUUGAAAGUUUAAAGAUGUUUAAUAGAUGCCUCAGUGAGGAAGCAAUAAUCGCAAUUUCAAACAAUUGUAAAAAACUUAAACGUUUAGAACUUGAUGAUUGCACUGUAGUAUCAACAGGUAUUGAUAGUGACGAUUUUUAUUCAUGUGUUUUAAAUGAGUUAUCAAAACUACAAUAUCUUGAACAUCUAAGCUUGAAUAAUGCAGGAUGUAUUGAAGAUGAUACAAUUAGUGAUAUUGCGAAUAAUUGUAAAAACCUAAAAUAUUUAGAUAUCUGUGGUAUCAAUGGUGAUAUUGCUGAAACAGCUCUCGUUGCUUUAACAAAGUUGGAAAAUUUAGAAAUACUAAGAGUAGACAUUCGUAAUAUUUCCGACAGCUUCAUUAUCAGUUUAAAAGGAUUAAAAGAAUUUUUUUGUAGUGGUUGUUGUAAUCUUACUGAUACUGGUAUUCUUCAAUUUAUAAAAAAUAACCCAGAUCUCGAAGAAAUCUAUAUCGAGAGAAAAAAUAAUAUUACAAUUGACUUUGUUAUUGGUGCUGAUGAGGCAACCAAAAAUCGUACAAAUGGAAUAAUUUUACGCUUACGAAUAUCUAAUAAGUCAAUAGUUGAAGCUUCUAAGUCAAUAAUUAAAUCUCAAUGGUUGGUUUUUUGUUAGAGCAUAGAUUUAUCCUUUAAAUUAAUUUAAAAUAUCUUUUUUUCUUAUUUAUAAGCUUAAUAUUCUUUCAUAAUGUAUAAUUCUUAAAAACACAUACAAAAUACG